CACUCCUGCACAGUCCUGUCUGUCACAGCUCCUCUGGACUUUACUCUGAGCAGAAUCAAAUCUCAGUGGCAUUAUCGCAGAAUGGAUAUGAAGCUGUUGGCACUCCUGGCUGUGCUCAUGGUGGUUAUAUAUGCGCCGCCAUCACAAGCAAAGCCCAUCAGCCUGGUCGAGAGAUGCUACUGUCGUUCCACAGUCAACAGCCUCCCACGAGGCUACAUCCGAGAGCUCAGGUUCAUCCACACGCCCAACUGCCCCUUCCAAGUGAUUGCUAAGCUGAAGACAAACAAAGAAGUGUGUGUGAACCCAGAGAUCCCGUGGCUGCAGCAGUACCUGAAGAACGCCUUAAAAAGAAUGAAGAAAUCCAAAAAGGGCAACUAAAACUCCUGCAUUGUUCCUCAUGAGGCGUCAUUGAGGGAUAUAACCAUCACAAUAUAUAACAUGUAAUACGAGAUCAUCUGGUAUGUUCAACAGCACUUAUAUCGGCUGCCAUGCUGCAGCCUUUUGAAUUGAAAAAAUCUGCAAUCCUUCACUGUGAACACCAACACACCAGCCUUGUCGCCGUCUUCACACCACCCUCACCAUUUAAAGAGAUAAUAGAAGUUAUUAAUUCAAAGUGAAAAUAUAUCUGUGAGUGUGUGUAUUUUCUAACUAUGUAUAUACUUUUUUUGUUAAUGGACAUCAACAGUAAAACGUUAUUUUUGGAGAUUGUUUUGUCCCUCUGGAAGUUCCGUCAUUUGAAAAAAGGAUCAAUGGUGUCAGAAUGUGAUAUAGUUAUAGGUUAGUUGGAGAAUUCUUUCCAUCACAAACACAAGUUAACAUCCCAAUUACAAGUAGCGUCCUAGAGUCCUUUCAUCCACUAGUGUAGCAGAAAACAAUUAUUAUCCUAACAUGGUAUCUGCUUACCAGACUUUUAUCUGGUUUGAAACUGAACAAAAUAAAGAACAAUGUAAAGUUUCUCAUCUGAAAACAAGCCGAGUCACAGAGUUUGCCAAGUCGUGUUUCACGUCUCAAGUUAAUUGGCACCGUGGAAUUUCAAUGGGUGCCAGCUACCCCUAGACUGAAUAUAAGAUGCAUAAAAGAUCCUAGUAAAAAUGGCUAUUAAAAUGGCUUUUGGGAUGGAAAUUAGGGUGCCAGAAUAGCUUGAGCAUUUUCUGAGCUGUUCUGUGGCUGUGUUUAUGUGACCCUGUGUUAUCCAACAUGCCUGGGUUUUUUCCUUCUUAGAAAGAAGCAGAACAUCUGGAUCCCAAAACGUUUAAAUUGGAUGACAAGUCUACAUUUACUGGAAUCAUCCUGCUGUGCCACUUAACAAGAGACGUUAAGAACAAAUGGUGAUACUCACCGACCACAGUUAGGGGUCUUACCAUAUUGGUGUCAAAAAGCUGGAUCCUGAUUUAAAAAACUCUUACUUUAAAAAAACAGUUACCACAUCAGUAGUUAAAAUACUGUUACAAAGAAAAACCACAGCAGAGAAAGUAGUAUUACUGACAAUUAAAGAUGACAAUGCACUUUAUAUCUGAUGUAUUCAUGUUUUAACAACUACAUUUACUAUGAAUCACUAAGUCUUCUUAUUAAAUUUAGACUUUUGUCUUUUUUUUAUGUUA